AUGAGCAACGACGAGGCAACAAGUAAUGUCUCCAGAAUCGUUGAAGUCCAAAACAAUGGAGUUACUGCUAAAGGUACGUGAUUCGAUAACUACAAAACCUUCACGCGCAUUUCAAAACUGUCAACUAAGUAGCUAUGCAUUCUGGAAAGUUCACAUGAUUCCUUUUCCAGAUGCGACUGUAAACGAAGCGCCUCAGCCAACAUUGCGUAAAAGGAGGCGAAUUUUUGUGGCAAAGGUUUCCAACUUCAAAGGAGGAAUGGCACCGAAAAGAGGAGAAGCAGUACCGGUCAGCGACGAUUCGGAGGAAGAGUCCGAUGAGUCGGAGGAAGACGACUGCGGAGAUUCCGAUGAAGAAAUUGUCGACAAGGAAGUGACCUCUCCCGGAGAAUCUUCCGAUGAAGACGAGGAGCCGCCGAUGCGUCGGCACAUUAAGAGAGAUUCUCGAAAAGGCGCCAUGGCUCUGAGGAUACCAGUCCAAAGAUGCGGUCCCGUAGCUUCUAUGGCUCCUCCCAAGGAAGCGCUCGUUCCCGACCUGCCAUCGGAUGAUUCGGAGGAUGAAACUGUCGGGAGUGACAAGGAAGUGACGUCGAGAGGAGCAAUUCCUCGGAAGGACGCCGAAGAAGAAAACGUACGUCCUACCUCUGAUGAAGAUGUUUCCAAUGCCGACGAAAUGCCGUCGAUGCGUCGACUUAUGAGGAGGGCUUCUCAAAAAGUAGAAAUGGCGCCGCGGAUUCAGUUCAAGAGAUCCUACCUCAAAGCGUCGAUGGCUUCUCCGAAGGGAAUUUCCGCCGGUCCGUCUUCGAAUAAGGAUGAAGAGAACAACGAACCAAAAGUGAGACAGGCUCGCAUCUGA